UGUGAUGAGACAAAAGCUCUCACUGUGUACUUCACAUGGUAUUCUCUUGCAAGAAAAUUAACAACUGUCAUUGACAAGUUUCUUGAAGUGGAUCCAGAUCUGAGAAAUAAACUACUUGAGAUGCUGCUCGGGUUUCCAAUUACACGAGCAGAUUACUUCAGACUUGCUGCUGACAAGCUUACAGAUGAAAAACAGAAACCUUUUGAUGUUUGGCGAAGUAUACUCUCCAGUGCUGUUACUCACUGCACAGAGGAAGAUAAGUUGAACAAUAAAAUGUGUGUUCAUCUGUGUUCAAAGCUGAUGGUAUAUCUGAAGAAGGACCUAAACCAGCAGCAGGGUUUAUAUAUAUCAAAGUUUAUUCGUGUGCUUGGAGAAACUGUGCCCUGGAAAGAUGUAACAAGUCAUCUUGUUCACAGCUUAGCUGAUAUAGACUGCCACAUGGAGCUGCUUGAUGAACCUUGUGAACAAAUGUCGGGGAUUAUUGAUGUUCUUCUGAGUCUUUACAAUCAUCGUUCUUAA